CCCCCCCGGGCGGCGGCGGGGCCAGUGGGCGGGGGCCGGGCGGAGCGGGACGCGCGGCUCGCGGCUCGGCGCGGCACAGCUCGGCUCGGCUCGGUUCCGCUCCGCUCCGCUCUCCUCUCCUGCCAUGGCAUCCAAGUGCCCCAAGUGCGACAAGACCGUGUACUUCGCCGAGAAGGUGUCCUCCCUGGGCAAGGACUGGCACAAGUUCUGCCUGAAGUGUGAGCGCUGCAACAAGACUCUGACCCCGGGUGGGCACGCCGAGCACGACGGGAAGCCCUUCUGCCACAAGCCCUGCUAUGCCACACUGUUCGGUCCCAAAGGGGUGAACAUCGGUGGUGCCGGGUCCUACAUCUAUGAGAAGCCGCAGAUCGAGGGGCAGACUGCUCCGGGGCCCAUCGAGCACCCGGUGAAGGUAGAGGAGAGGAAGGUGAAUGCCGCGCCACCCAAGGGACCCAGCAAAGCUUCCAGCGUCACCACCUUCACCGGGGAGCCCAACAUGUGCCCACGCUGUGGCAAGAGAGUCUACUUCGCCGAGAAGGUGACUUCGCUGGGGAAGGACUGGCACCGUCCCUGCCUACGCUGUGAGCGCUGCAGCAAGACACUGACCCCGGGGGGCCACGCUGAGCAUGAUGGACAGCCAUACUGCCACAAGCCCUGCUAUGGGAUCCUUUUCGGGCCAAAAGGCGUCAACACCGGAGCUGUGGGAAGCUACAUCUAUGACAAAGACCCCGAGGCGAAGAACCAGCCCUAGAUGGUGUCCCCCUGCCCCGCCGCCUGCUCUGUGCCCCCAUACUAACCUGCUCGCAGCCGGAGCAGCCCCCCGCCAGGCUGGCCAUGGAGCUGUGCUCUCUCUGCUGUCUCUACUCCGGGCAGGAUGGCCCUGCCCCCCGGGUUAUAUAUCAUAGUCUUUAAUAUAAGCUUCAGUGUUUAAAGGCAAAGGUAGAAGGUGUCUCUGGUGAUUCCCAAUGUGCUCUGCCCUCCCCAGCACCCACCCCCAGCCCCCCCUGCCUCAAGCGUGGGAGGCAGCAGGGUGGGUGUGGAGAUGUCACCAUGUGCAGGGGACAGCGAGUGGCAGCUGAGGGGAUGAGGGUCAGGGGAAGGUGGUGGCAGGAGCCCCACCACGGGAGGGUGCUCCCGGCUGCCCCCCACAUGGAGGGUGAUGGAGCUGGGCAGGCAUCCCACUAUGUUUGGGGAUGGGGGCUGCUGGUCAGGGCACUCAGCCCUGUGGGGACGUGCAAGUCCCCUGAGGGCUCUGGCCCGUCUGGCAGUGCUGCUCUUCUCCUGACCCUUCCCGGGCUCCGUGCCCUGGCCCUCGCUCUCCCUGGGGCCAGCUGCCACUCAGACUCUAGGGUCUGGCACCCCCUGACAUUCCCAUCCCUGCACUCCCCGGGCAUCUCUGUAUGUGCACCAGCUGCUGGCUGGUUUCAGUUGGUGGUGUCCCCCCAUCCAGGUUGGCAGCAGAGCCCGUGCCGGGGGUGGGGAGGGGCACCUUGUGGCUGCAGCUCUGGGGGAGUGGGCUGCUCCCUGCCUUCGGAAGACAGAGCACAUUGGGCUGGUGGCUUGGCGGCAGGAUGCCCGCCUGCUUCCCAGAGCCAGAGGUUUCUCGUUGUUGUUGUUUAUUUAUAAGCAGUUGUAAAUGUGCCCCUUGCUUUGGAGAAUGACACGUGCCCUCCAGUCUUGCCCGUCCCCCCUGUGCACCCCCAGCCCCACUGCUGCCCAGGAGGCCGGGGAGGGUGCUGGUGCAGGGGACCCGCCGGGGUAGUGAGCCCUGGGGUGCCAGCACCCUGCUCUCUCCGGGCUCCCUGCACCCACCGCAGGGCUGACUUUUGUUAUUUGCUGACAAUAAAAGUUUUGAGAGAUA